GCGACACCCAAAAUGUCUCCAGACAUCGCCAAAUGCACUUGCGGGGGGAGGAAGAGGGGACUGCGCAAAACCUCCGGGUUGAGAACCACCGCCACAAAGGAUGCUCCAGUCACUGCGGCGACCGCGGGGCGGGCAUCCGGGAAGCCAUCGUGUAGACAGAUGGGGACACUGAGGCUGGGCGCCGCCCGGGGCCACACGGGUGGGUAACCGGAAGGAGGGCGGGAGGGACCCGCGGCCGCGCGCCACCCGGUGGUCCCCGCGGACCGCGCCCCACGUGCUGCGGCCCCACGCGCGGCCGGCCCACCGGAAACGGGUGCGGGACCGCGUAGACGCCGCAGCCACGCGCGCCGGUCAGCCUAGACAUGGACCCGCGGGCGCCAGCCGCCGCCCGGCUUCAGGGCCGGGCCGGGACGCAGCGCGCGGCAGCCCCAGGGUCCCCGCCGGAACACGGCAGCGCCGCGGCCCCCCGGCCCUGAAGGACCCCGUCCCCGACCCCCAGCCCGCCCGGGAGAGCGCCUCACGGGAGGCGGCCGCAGACUACCCACCCAGAAGCAGGCCGUCCAUGUCAAAGAUGAGAUGAGCCUGAUGACCCUGGUUUAUCUCUGCUGAGAGCCACGUAGUCACUGCACCCGCACGUGGUGAGCUCAGUUACUCAGACCCUCCAGAGGACACUGCUCAAGGUCAUCUUCACACAUCAAUACUGAAGAUGAGGACCCUUUGCAUCCUGCUGUUACUCCUGUGUGGAGCCCAGAGCCAGGAGGAAGCGCCACGGCCCAACAUCGUCCUACUGAUGGCUGAUGACCUUGGCAUUGGAGACCUGGGAUGCUACGGGAAUAAGACUCUCAGGACUCCCAGCAUUGAUCGGCUGGCCAGGGAGGGAAUGAAACUCACCCAGCACCUGGCAGCCUCGCCCCUGUGCACUCCAAGCAGGGCCUCCUUCCUGACGGGCCGGUACUCCGUGCGAUCAGGAGUGGCAUCUCGGGACCGAUCUGGAGUUUUCCUCUUCACAGCCUCUUCUGGAGGACUUCCCACCAGUGAGAUGACAUUCACCAAGCUUCUGAAGAACCAAGGCUACACAACCGCCCUUAUAGGGAAGUGGCACCUGGGGUUGAACUGUCACAACAAGACGGACUUUUGUCACCACCCGAUCCGUCACGGCUUUGAUUACUUCUACGGCCUGUCGGGGACCAACCUGCGCGACUGCAAACCCGGGCAAGGCUCCGUGUUCACCAUGGUGUUCCGCAUGACCGUGUUCAUCCCGCUGCAGAUCAUCGGGGUCACCAUCCUCACCUUGGCCGUGCUCAACUUCCUGGGGCUGCUGCACGUGCCCCACAGCAUCUUCUUCUGCCUCCUCUUCCUGGCAGCCACCAUCCUCAGCCUCUUCCUCUGCUUCCUGCAUUACUUCCGGCCCCUGAACUGCUUCCUGAUGCGGGACUACGACAUCAUCCAGCAGCCCAUGCUGUACGACAACCUCACGCAGAGGCUGACGGCGGAGGCGGCCGGCUUCAUUCACAGGAACUCUGACAGGCCAUUCCUGCUGUUCCUGUCUUACCUGCAUGUGCAUACCGCCCUCUUCGCCGCCCGGGAAUUUGCCGGCAGAAGUCAGCACGGAGCAUACGGGGACGCUGUCGAGGAGCUGGACUGGAGUGUGGGGCAGAUCUUGAACGUCCUAGAUGAACUGAGUUUGACCAAUAACACCCUUGUCUACUUCACGUCGGACCAUGGCGCACAUGUAGAAGAAGUGAAUAUGAAAGGAGACGUUCACGGCGGGAGUAACGGGAUCUAUAAAGGAGGAAAAGCCAACAACUGGGAAGGAGGCAUUCGGGUCCCAGGCAUCUUCCGAUGGCCCGGCGUGAUUCAGGCGGGACAGAAGACGGAUGCCGUCACUAGCAACAUGGACAUCUUUCCCACGGUGGCCAGACUGGCUGGGUCACCGGAGCCCGAGGACAGGAUCAUUGAUGGGCACGAUCUGAUGCCCGUGCUCCAAGGGGAAACCCAGCACUCUGAGCACGAGUUCCUCUUCCACUACUGCAAUGCCUACUUGAAUGCCGUGCGCUGGCACCCUCGCAACAGCACGUCUAUCUGGAAAGCCUUUUACUUCACCCCCAACUUCAGUCCCGAAGGUGCCAACGGCUGCUUCUCCACACACGUCUGCUUCUGCUUCGGGAGCUUUGUCACCUACCAUGACCCUCCUCUGCUCUUCGACAUUUCCAAAGAUCCCAGAGAGAGGAACCCACUGACGCCGGCCAUCGAGCCGCGAUUCCAUGAAAUCCUGAAAGCCAUGCGGGCCGCCGUGCACAGACACAACAAGACCCUGAGAGACGUCCCCAACCAGCUGUCCCUGGGGAACAUUUUCUGGAAGCCCUGGCUCCAGCUGUGCUGCCCCUCCUCCGGCCUGACCUGCCAGUGUGACAGAGACAGACAGCAAGACUGGAGAACCAGCCUGUAGCCACACCUGCGGGACUGGGCGGCUGUGUGCAGAGCCAGCCGUCCACGCACACACCCAGGCCUCAGAGGGCACAGGGUGACGCCAGCCCCGUCCCAGUCUGGGAUUUGGACCAAUUCUCUAUUUUAUCACCUGAAGACUUGAGCGGGAACUCACCAACCACUGAACUCGGGGCUGAGGGGGGGUUGAAGUUGGGCAAUGUGUGCCUUCCCUGGCCAGACCCAUUGCCCUCUUUGACGGGGUGGAAAGGCGUCCUCACGAGUACACCCACAGCAGUGCAGACAGAUGGUAGGAAGGUGCACCAGGUAAACUUAAUCCAGCGCUCAGCACACGUGUGUCAUUGACAGCGUAAGGCAUCUCUCACCCCGUGACGUGAAGUUAUUUAAUAACCACCAAGACUCCCAAACAGCAUGAUAAAAAAAGAUAGUCAAGUUUAAAAAAGUUCAGUAAAUCUUCACAUGUGCAACUUUAUAGUGGACAAAGGAACAUCUUCUUUACCAGUAGUAGACCGUGGUAAGUGCCCAUUUGUUCAUCAGAAGACUAGUCAUUAUUAUUGGUAUUAGAACACGUAUCCAAUGCUAUUCCCCACAUGUAUGGAUGUACACAUAUCUACACACACACACAGUGUUUCUCUUUCCUCAACAAGGUUGAGAUGUUUAAAAUAGGAUCAAAGAAGCUUAUCAGUAUUUAAGUUAAAAAUAUAUAGAGAGGCUCAGAAAUAGAUUUUUUUGCACAAUAAUUUUUUGUGAAAUCCUUCAGUAACAAUAAUUCCAAGAUAAAUCUCUGCUGAACUGAUUAUAUCUAAUUAUAUUUGGAUUCCAGUGGUUUUUAUUUGGCGGGGGGGGUUGUUUUUGUUAAGCAAAUGGAAGCUCUGAACACAAAGACCACUUCGGGGGUGCUACAGUUCAGGAAAUUUCUGUGAACAUAAUUCAGAAUCAUUGGUUUGGAAUGUCUGAGAGGAACAAAAGCCCCCCCACUAGCAAUCCAUGUUCUGUGUAGGUAUAAGUGUGAUUGUCUUUAGUCAUAGGCAGAAUUUAGUGACGGGAGCACUUGUGUUUGUUAUUGGUCUUGUUUUGUGUAAUUUUAUCUGUGGCCAAGAAAUGCCUGUGCCCCAGUUCCAGGAUGAGAUGCACAACGUGGUUUUAAUUCCAUUUCCACCAAAUUGCAGUCCAUCAGGGAAAAUGCACGAAUGACCCAUUGCCCAGGAGAGCAGAGGAUAGUGACAGAGCUAGAGAUAGUGCCGCAGUGUGAGUGAGCCAGCGGCCUCCUGGGGAGAGCCCUCCCUCUGUGUAGUGCACAGAUCAGUGCCCCAGUGUGAGUGAGUCAGCAGCCUCCUGGGGAGAGCCCUCCCUCUGUGCAGUGCACAGUUCAGUGUCGCAGUGUGAGUGAGCCAGCAGCCUCCUGGGAGAGCCUUCCUCUCUGCAGCGUACAGUUGAGUGAUGCAGUGUGAGUGAGCCAGCGGCCUCCUGGGGAGACACCUCCCUCUGUGCAGUGCACAGUUCAGUGCUGCAGUGUGAGUGAGCCAGCGGCCUCCUGGGGAGACACCUCCCUCGGUGCAGUGCACACGUCAGUGCCGCAGUGUGAGUGAGCCAGCGGCCUCCUGGGAGAGCCCUCCCUCUCUGCAGUGUACAGUUCAGUGCCGCAGUGUGAGUGAGCCAGCAGCCUCCUGGGGAGACAUCUCCCUCUGUGCAGUGCACAGUUCAGUGCCGCAGUGUGAGUGAGCCAGCGGCCUCCUGGGAGAGCCCUCCCUCUCUGCAGUGUACACUUCAGUGUUGCAGUGUGAGUGAGCCAGCAGCCUCCUGGGGAGACACCUCCCU